AUGGUUACCCCAGAAGGUGCAGUUUAUUGCACUCUACUUUUGAGCGAUAACUACCUUCCUGGCGCAGUGGUCCUCGCCCACUCACUACGCGAUAAUGGCUCACGGGCCAAGCUGGUUGCUUUUUAUACCCCCGAUACGUUGCAAGCUUCCACGAUAAAUGAGCUUCAGGCCGUUUACAAUGUACUCAUUCCUGUUUAUCGAAUGACGAACCACACCCCAGCGAACCUGUGGCUCAUGGAGCGGCCAGAUUUAAUAGCCACCUUUACCAAAAUCGAGCUAUGGCGACAAACACAGUUCGAGCGCAUUGUAUACAUUGAUUCCGACGUGGUAGCCGUCAGAGCUCCGGACGAGCUUCUGGAACUGGACGUAGAUUUCGCCGCUGCGCCGGACGUCGGCUGGCCCGAUUGCUUCAACAGCGGUGUUAUGGUAUUACGACCCAACAUGCAGGAUUACUUUGCGCUGAAAGCUCUUGCGGAAAGAGGCAUCAGCUUUGACGGCGCCGACCAAGGGUUACUGAACAUGCAUUUUCGCGACUGGCAUCGGCUCAGUUUUACCUACAACUGCACGCCCAGCGCGAAUUAUCAAUAUAUCCCAGCAUAUAAACACUUUCAGAGUACGAUCAGCUUGGUACAUUUUAUUGGAUCUCAGAAACCUUGGAAUAUGUCGAGACAAGUGACUCCUUUCGACUCGCCCUUCAACCAAUUACUAGGAAGGUGGUGGGCUAUCUACGAUCGACAUUACUACCCUAUAGCUAUCGAACAAAUACGGCCGGACACUCGAGCGGCUAUUCCGCAUAUUGUCUAUACAGACGAGUCGGUAUCCGAGAUACAUGUUCAAACUUCACACGAAAUUGUGCAACAGCAGUGUUCUGAGCAGGCAUCCGUCGUUACGAUAUCAGUACCUCAAACCGACCUCUCCUCAAGUCCGCAGCUAGAAUACCACACGCGCGAGCAAACUUCAAACGAGGCCGCCCAACUGUCUUAUCCUCCGGAAUCAAGUGAUGUAACAUUUCCUGCGCAACAGCCUUCAGAGCAACUUUACGAGCAACCUGCACGUCAACCUGUCAUCAGCGUUGUUCCACAAUAUGUUUGGGGAGAAGAGCAUGUAAAAACUUAUAUACAGCAACACCAUCAAGAUCACACUCAUCGUUUUACACAGUCUACUCCAGAACAAGGACCCAGUGUAUCAUCGGAGCCAGCUCACCCAUUGGGCCAUGGUGAUUCUCAUCAUCCUCAACCGCAGGCAUCCAUCGAGACACAACGCAAACCAUCACCUCGGCCGCCACCACAGAAGCCACAGGAGCAACCAACAUUCGAAGCGCCUCAGGCGGAAUGGGAUGCGUCUCGGGAACCACCUCCUCUAUAUUCAAAGCCCGAGGGAAUUGCAUUGGAGACGAAGACAUACACUAUGUCGGACGACAAUCAGCUUUUCCAGCCACCAGCAUCCUACCCAGAGGCCCCGAAAAACAUGUAUUACCAAGUCCCGGCCGUGAAACCAGAGCCAAAGAAACUCACCCAGAUAUUCCCCUGGGAGCAGACCGCACCAAGGCCCACAAGAGUCUUUGCUGAUGAGCAGCCCCAAAUCCAACGCUUGCCCUCUCCGAUAUCUGCCAAAGAAGACUCCAGAACAUCUCAAUCCUCUCACCCGACAUCCUGGACAUCCGAAGUACCCAGCCUACCUAGUGAAUCAUGGGAUACCUACUCUCGGUCCAACGCCUGGGACGAGGUCCCAGAAAUUCAACAAUACAUUCAAUCCAUACAAGGACCCCGCAAGGGCAGUGUCCAGGUCCUCUCAGGCGGCCCCAGCCAACAAAAUACCUCAACGCCAACACCAACCCGACAACCCGGUCCGAACAUCGGCACACGGAUAACCGAUUUCCCCAGCGAAACCGAACGCCCCAGUUUACCUGUCACGCCGGCGCCCAUCCACCGGGCUCCAGCAACAGGUAGCCCCGAUGAAUUCACAAAAAAACAACUCCCCGCCGCAGAAGGCGUGCCAAGUCAGGAGGACUGGGUGGGUCUCACGGUUGAUGUGUUUUUACACCUCCUUCGAGCGACGUACUUAUACUGGGAGUUUACAGAAUCCUUCAGUCCGUCUCGAGCGGUUGCGCCGGCGGCAGAACGGCGGCUUGGACAGUUCAGAUUCGCUGGUUGA